UGCGUUUGGGAUUUGCCGACGGCAAAUAAUCGUCGGUGCCUCCAUGCAGAAAAACUUGGCAGCGGUUCAUAUGUAACGUGUUUUUAGUGGUAGUGUGGGCAAAGCACGUGCGCGCAAGUAUUAGAAGUGUACAUGCGUGGCCCUGAAGGCCAUCGUAUCGCCCCUCCAUUGUACCCAAUCUUUGAAAUGAAAUGACAAUUAACUUGCAAAACAGAAGGUUACAGUUCAACGUUUCCAUUAUAAUCAAUUGAAUGUAUCUUAAAACUACCGUCUGCCGGUACGUUUUACCAACAGUUUAUAAAAUGGAAAGUGCACGGUAUGCUUCAACACUUAUCAGAAUGGCGCAAAGUGGAGUUACGGGGAUUUAUGACAAAUUAUUAUGUGAGGAAUUCGACUUCUGAUGUAUAGUAGUUAAUAGGCCAUUGUUAGUUGAUAUUUGAAGUUAGAAGUAUCGUAGCGUGUUAGAUCCCAUGGGAAUCACUGUUCCCGUUAUUUUUAUGGGGGUGGCAUAAGGUGGCAUAGUGGUUUGGGACGCCCUGUGUUUCAGCAUUGUGUCAUGGUGAUAUUAAUCUGUAUAGACUAAAAGAUGUGAUGGAAUUUGUUGGAGGAUUCGCUGGAAGUUGAUUUAAAAUGGCCGCCAUCGGAGUGUGUAAAGAUAACGGUCAUAUUUGAAAUGAAAAAUUCAAAAUGCCGGCAUGCGAUGUAUCGAUCGACUUGAAAUGGCGACGUACAGUGAGAAAUGUACCGAUGAAUGUUCCUUUGACUACAGCGAAGAUAAACAGAAAGGAGUGUGCCUAAUUAAAACGGAAUAUAUUCUUGAAGAUCACGUUAGACUUUCGAAGGAGGAGAGCUUAUCGGAAAACGAAAACCAGAAGGCGGUAGACAAUGCGAAUAAUGCAAAGGAAGAUGCGGUCACAGUCAAUGAGCCUCCGAAUAAAAGGUUUAAGAAUGACAAGAAGGAAAAGCUUAGAGGCCAGAACAAAGCCAGGCCUGCUCCUUUUAAGGCACAGCGUCAGGUCAACUUGUGUCCGCGGAUAGCGGAUCAAACUGUGGACAAACCAGAGAAAAAAUGUGAUAAUAAAAACUGCACAUUUCUGCAUGAUAGAAUCGAGUAUUUAAAAAUAAAGCCAGAUGAUAUUGGAACAGAAUGUUAUCUGUUUAAUCUGACUGGCAGGUGUCCAAGGGGUGCUGCCUGUAGAGUAGGCUCUAAGCACUUGACCAAGGAUGGCUUGAACAUCGUGGAUACACAAAAGUUGGAAGAUUUCAAGGAAAGGCCCCCCUCUACUAAGAACCACUUGGCGAAAGAUCUUCAAAUCGUACUGAGGAAGCACAAGUACAACUUCUCCAAAGCUGAAAAAAUUGUCAAAGCGAAUGGACCGUCUAGAAAGAAGGUGGACACAGAAAAUGAGACAGAACAAUCCACAGGUAUAGGUGAAACAAAUGAAGCUGACAAAGAGUCUGAAAUAGAUGCAGAGAAGAAGCUUGGACCGGUGGAGGACUACGAUCUAGUAAAAUGUAGAGAGUCAGAAAAGAAAAAGAUAGAUUGGAAGAAUAAAAUAAUGUUGAGUCCGCUGACAACGGUGGGCAAUUUGCCUUUCAGAAGAAUCUGCAAAGAGUAUGGUGCUGAUAUCACCUGCGGGGAGAUGGCGUUAGCUCCGAAAAUUUUACAGGGAGCACACGAGGAGUGGGCGCUCGUGAAGAGACACGAGUCGGAGGAUAUAUUCGGUGUACAGCUCUGUGGCAACAAUCCCGGCGUACUGACAAGAUGCGCGCAAUUAUUAAACAAAGAAAUCGACGUUGACUUCAUUGAUUUGAAUCUGGGAUGCCCCAUAGAUCUGAUCUAUAGACAAGGCGGCGGCAGCGGGAUGCUCAAUCGACUGAACGUAUUAGAAACAGUCAUAAAGUCAGUCAGCCAAGUUUUGACUAUUCCCCUAACUAUAAAGACUAGAACCGGCGUCUACAUCGACAAACCAAUCGUCCACAAUCUGGUACCUAAAUUCCGUGAAUGGGGUGCAUCCAUGAUCACUGUACACGGAAGAUCCCGCGAACAAAGGUAUACGAAGCUGGCUGACUGGGAGUACAUAGACAAAUGCGCGAAGGCAGCACACCCGGUAACCGUGUUCGGGAACGGCGACAUUUUAUCUUACGACGAUUACCAAAGGGUUCAGAACACGUACACGAAUAUACAGGGUAUUACCAUAGGUCGUGGUGCACUGAUAAAACCGUGGAUAUUCACCGAAAUAAAGGAGAAGAAGCUGAUAGAUAUUUCCAGUUCAGAGAGAUUCGAUAUUUUGAAGAAGUAUUCCAACUAUGGCCUUGAACACUGGGGUUCGGACACUCGAGGUGUGGAGACGACAAGGAGAUUCAUGUUAGAAUGGAUAUCCUUUCUGCACAGGUACGUCCCCGUUGGCAUUCUGGAGAGGCCACCGCAGAGGAUAAACGAGAGACCUCCGUUCUACCGAGGUCGCGAUGAUAUGGAGACAUUGAUGGCCAGCUCGAACUGUGCCGAUUGGAUUAAAUUAUCGGAAAUGUUACUAGGAAAAGUGCCUGAGGGAUUCCACUUUCUGCCUAAGCACAAGGCGAACUCGUGGAACACGAACAGAGGAUAAUAAUGUACAGCGACUUGCUCGUGAGAGAAAUUUUAUAUGACGAUAUUUUCCAAUAAACCACGGCAAAUAAGUCUU